AGUCAUUAAAGAUCAUCAUGUAAGAUAGAUUGUCAUCUUCAUUUUUUUUUUUGUGGGGGGGUGGGAGAUUAAGGUAUUUUCUGUUUAUGAGAGCUCAAAGAAAACCGAAUGGAAUUAAAAAUUGGAAUCUUUUUUUGUUAUAUUCAUAAGAAUCAUCUAGCAUAUCAGGAAACAAAUUAAGUUCUGAGGAUUUCAAUUGUUCCCUUUUUUUUAUUUUUCAUUCCUUUGAAAUUUGCAUUGAUGUUUAGGAGAACAUUUGGUUAGAUUAUAACCUGAACUUCUUGAUUUAAAAUAUAGUUUAGAAACUAAAUAGACAUAGACGUAAUAAGACUAAAUUUAUCAUUGAGCCAAAACACUUCUAUUAUUAAACGAUAUUCAACAUUGGAUACUAGUAAUUAUAUUAAAGAAGAUAAAAAGAUUUGUCCUUAUUCACAAAUUUCUUAAGAAACUAAUCUGUGUGAAGACACAGAUCAUCAAAGGUGACAAUAUCAUUAUUGUCAGAGAUGAAACUUCGUUUGCCUGAAAUUUGUUUACAGACCCAUCAAAUAGACAUGUUUUUCUGCUGCUCUGUUUUUGGAAUCAGGCUCUCAGAGUAGUGUUAAGUAGGCCAAGACCAUGAACUCCAUCAAAUUUAUAAUCUUUCUUUUGGUGAUGGCAUUGCUUCCAUUUCUUAUUUCUCUGCUUCCAUGGCCCCAAGCAAAAUGUAUACAUUUUGGCUCCGAUUUCGUGCAACCUUAAUUGAAUGCGUUGAUUGGAUAUUUGGAGUGGUUUAUACAUUGUUCUAGAUAAAUUUUACCAUUCUCUUACGAUUUCUUUUAUCGCUCAUAGUUUGUUAUUUAGUUAUACUCAUCGAUAACAUGUUAGAGGUGUUUGGGGCACUGAACUGAUUAUUAGUGUUGGUGGUUAUUAUGGAUUAUAAUAGUCUGUGUUUGGGGUGCAGACUAUUUUAGUUUGGAUAGGAAAUAGCAAGCAUUGUAAUAAGAAGGAAAAGAGAGGAUGAGUAGGAAUUAGGAAAGGUAAACAUAGUAACAAAGAGGAAUUUGAAAUAGUAAUAUUAUAGUUAAUUGUAGGUAAUAAUAGCUGGAAAUAACAACUAUUAUAGUUGGAGUCCCAAACAUGGAGUGGGCUCCACCCACUUGAAUUUGGGGGUCCAAAUACCCCCUAAUUGUUUUUGGUCAUGAAUGCUGUCAUCGUCUAUGUAAAAAUGAGGAAGAGCACGAGCUUAGUAGGAUACCUUUUUUUUCCCUUCGUUCUUUUCCAAAGUAGUAAAAGACAUUCUAGAUAGAGUCCAGAAGUGUAUAUGGAUGUAACAUACGUUCAUUCCUCUUCGAAAUAUGACAUAUGUUUGUUUCUUUAAUAAUUGCAGAACAUUAUAGACCAUACAUCUUUUAGAAAACUGUUUAAGACAACAAAAGUUUGAUGACACAGAACGUGUCACAAUAUUGACCACAUCAACUGUUUGAAACAUUCCGGGCUGAGGAUGAAACAUUUAGAUUCAUGGUAUAACGACUAAUGCUAUGAAUGAGGAUUGUGAUAAUGGCUGCAUUGGAGCAGACACUGACAGAGAAAGGUGACAUCAUCAAAUUCUUGUUUUGUGGAUGAAAAUGAAGAACAAAAGAGUCAUGAUUGUUGUCUCUAAUUUUGUCUGUGGUCAUCUUCUUACAGUGUCAUCAGACCGGAGAAGCCAACUAACUCCAUUAAUGACAUAACUACUUCAUUUAUCUAACAGAAAUUCCUUUUGUUUAGAACUCUGUAACGUAGCAUUUAAUGUUAUUUCACUUUUUGGAUCAAGAAUGAACUUUUUGGUAUUGAAAAAGUCCUAUUUAAGGAGAUGAGUACUAUUCAUCUGACCAUAGCAGAAAUAAAGAAAGUGAAAACAGAACACUUUCUGUCAUUCUUCUGAAGCUUUUAAAGCAAAUUAGAGUCAUGUUUGCUACCAUUGAUCCUGUUGAGACGACUGAAGAAAGGAGGAAUCUUGAUAGGGAAAUUCCGACGUGUGGAUCGGUGAUUGGUGGGAAGCGUAACAAGUGUGUCAUUUUUCCAGUGAAAUCAAGCAUGGUUGCUGAGUCCAUGGAAAGAAGUAACAAGAACUGGAUUGUUCAGACAAAACCGGCAUACGAAAGCGAUUUAAUUGUUCAGGUUGGGGAAUUCAGCUUUCACCUGCACAAGCUCCCAAUGGUUGCAAGAAGCAAAUAUCUUAAUAGAAUGAUAAUCCAAAACAGCAGCCAUGAAGUGCAAAAUAACAACAGUGUCAGCACAAUACAACUUGACAAUCUUCCAGGGGGGCCUAUGGCUUUUGAGUUGGUGAUGAAGUUCUGCUAUGGAUGGAAGGUUGAUUUAACUGCCAAAAAUGUUGCUCCUCUUUACUGUGCAGCACAUUUCCUAGAAAUGACUGAUGAUCUUGCACAAGGAAAUCUAACUUCCAAAGCAGAAGCCUUCUUGAGCUUUGUAAUAUCAUCAUCAUGGAAAGACACAUUCAAAGUUCUCAAAAGUUGUGAAUCCAUUACUCGAUGUGCCAAUCGGCUGCAAAUCCCGAAACGCUGUUCUGAAGCAAUCUCCAGGAAGGCUUGUAUGAACCCGGAAUCCUUCUGUAACAGUGACUAUAAUAUUGAUAAUGUAAAGCUCGAAGUCGUUGCUGACAACUGGUGGUUUAAAGAUGUUUCGGUUCUACGAAUAGAUCAUUUCAUUGAAGUGAUUGAAUCGGGAAAACAGAGAGGAAUGAAGUCUGAGGUUGCAGGAUCGUGUAUAGCACACUGGACAAUGAGAUGGUUUGCUCGGUUCAUGAAUGGAUUCGAAAAUUUGACGCUGCAGAACUCUACUGACAAGUUGAAAGCAAUGACGGUUGAAAGUUUGAUUCGGUUACUUCCUGUAGAGGAAAAUUCGGUUACCUCUACCUUUUUGCUUCAUAUUUUGAAGUUGGGAUCUGUAAUGAAGAUCGACUCUGAAUUGUUAACUAGGCUUGAAAGUAGAUUGGUCAUGAUGUUGGAAAAUUGUCAUGCUUCAGAUUUACUUGUCAAAAAUUAUGGAGACAAUGAUGGUGUCUAUGAUGUCGCCAUUGUUACUCGGAUGGUAAAAUCGUAUGCUUUGCACAUAUCAGAUAACGCUCAAUCAAAUGUAUCUGAUGUUGGGAGGUUGGUGGAUGAUUAUCUUAUGCUUGUUGCACGGGAUCAAAACCUCAAAGCAGCUGGUUUCCAAGAUCUUGCAGAAGCAUUGCCGCAAGAUGCUCGGGCUUGUUGCGACAAUCUGUAUAGAGCAAUUGAUAUGUACCUGAAGGCACAUCCCGAGUCCACAGAAGAAGAAAGGACAUGUCUAUGUAGAUCCUUGAAAUACCAUAAACUAUCCCAAGCAGCAAAGGAGCACAUAAUGAAGAACAAUAGGUUACCGUUGAAAUACGUAACGAGUAUUAUUCUUUUGGAACAAGUGAACGUUACAAAGCCUAGAACAGCCUUUGGGUCAAUUUACGGACAGAUGAAAAGCCAGGUUGUACUGGGCGAAAGUAAAUGUCCAGGAACAAGUUGGAUGAUGAGUUCACAAAAUGAGAUAAAUCUGAUGAAAAGAGAGGUUGCAACAAUGAAAGGGCAGCUUAAUGACAUUCAGAUGUGCAAGACAAAGCUUCAAGGGCAAGUAAAGAAAGGUUUCAAUUACAAGAAAAAUCUUGCCAGCGUACGGAAAAUUGUUUGUUUCGGUUUCAACAAUGCCAAGUUAAGAAGCUUCGGUUUUGCUCCAUUGUCGACUUGAACACACAUGCAACAUUUUAUUAAAGAAAAUCUUCGUUUUAUCGCAUCUUGUCGAACAUACAAUCAUGUCAAACCAACACAGGAUCAUUCUUGUAUAUUGCAGCU